CAACUCACAAAUGGCAAGAGUUGUACAGUAUGCCGAACAGUUUCAGGAAAAUAGGAAAACAGCUAAUUUAAUUUGAAAAUAAGGAAACGUUAACAACAAAGCACCAGGGAUAUGUUCGUGGCCAUACUCUGUGCAUGUCUUGCACCUCUUCUUCGGGCUACGGAAGUUAAACCAACGCCAUACAAUUUAUCUGAAGCAGAAAUGGCCAAAUGCCUUGAAGGUCCUGGUUUAUUGCCAUUCCCCGGGGAUUGUUGUCAUUUUAUCAUGUGUGGAGAACCACGUGGUUAUACAAACAAUGGUUGGAAGUUUAUAUGUCCGUCCUAUCUAGCGUGGGAUCCAAACCAUUGCGUAUGUACUAUUGACACAAUUGGAUGCGCAGCAGAAUGUGAACAAGUGGUUUUUGAAGCUCCGACGUGCCCCGAAGUUGUUAACAGACCAGAUUGCUGUCUCAGGGAAACAGGCCAGGUGUACACACAGAUUGAUGGCACUCAUUAUAUUCUACAAGGAGAGAACGAAGUUCAACAAGCCUGUCCGCCGGGCCAGAAGUUCUAUAUUGAUGAUUGUUGUUGCGAAGGAGAACCUGAUAUACCAAACCCGACGACGUGCUUGUACUUCAAUUUCGAUUCGGCUAAUUUUGUUGAUAAAUACCACCAUCAAGUCGCAACGGAGGAACUUGUUCAUUUCAUCGACAUGGAGACAACUCCAAUCAAAGAAAGGCCAUUUGGAAACAUCUACGGUGCAAAAUUCCAAGAAGGAGCUCAUAUGAAUGUCGGGAGGUUUAACGCAGGUUGGUUGGGAGAUGAGUUUACGAUUGGGUUUUUCUUCAAGUUAGAGGAUAUUACAGAGGAUUUCGUUAUGGUCCACAACGGAGAUAUUGAUGGUGUCGGGGCUAGUGUAAAGAUAGAGUUCAUUGUGUGCCCUGAUGGUUUGUUUGUUGUGGCUGGCGUCCAUGUGUGCGAUCGAGUAGAAGAUGUUGUAGGAAAAGUGGAUCCCUACGUGGUCGGUAGCUGGGCGCAUGUUGCGUUUCGGUAUAACAAAGGUACUUUGAGACUGAAAGUUGUCACCACAGAUGACUCUCCACGAACCAUCGCUUCACGUGGUGAUUUUGAACCAGAUUCAAUGAACAACAAUGACCUUAUCAAAGUACUGCAACAGUACAAUACACGUGCAGAGCAAGCAAUAGAUGAUUUUCAAGAAGACUUGACGGACUUGAGAGCAAAGAGUCAAUCGGAUGAUUCAAAAAUCGAAAAAAUUGAUGAGCUAGCCUCAACACUGGAUGAUAUGAAGGCUUCCAUUGUUGCACUUGGUCCGUUCCUAAAUGAUGAAAGGGACGGCACAAACAUAAGGUCAUUUAGGGACUCUAAGAAGUUUCUGAAAAGAAUUCGACUUCGCUGUUUAAAUGCCGGGCGUGGUUCAUUUCCUACCGUAAAAGAUGUACAACAGAUUCUCGAUACUUUCAAGUCCCAGUACUUCAAUCUUGUUAAUCUAAUUUCUCAAUUAAAUGGAAAGUAUAAAAAAAUAUGUGAUCUCGAGGAGUCUGGCCAUUUCAGCGCACUCAACAAAAAGCUGCUGAAGAAAAUGAAAACUGUGAAACGGAAAUUAAGAAAGGCGACCUAUGCAUUCGCUCAAGAGGACUUGGAUAAUAGAGAUGGUUUCGGCAAAACUCUUGAAAUAUGGAUGGAGGAUGCUGAAGUUUGUAUUGAAGUGUCUAAACUCCUUCAAAAGGGUCGAAGGAAACGGGAUAUUGAUGAACAGCUGAGAGUGAGACGAGAUGAUGGAUAUGGGAAACCGAACUUUAACAUAAUUCCAACUAAGUUCGAUUUGAAGUUCGGGGAAAAUCUUGACGGAUCCCUUGACGAGGUUGUAGUUUGCCAGUUUGCCUACACAGACCGACAAAUAGACGAUCUGCAGGAUCGAGGGGAAGUGACCCUUGAGAGUGGCACUAUCUGAACAACAUUGUACACUGUCCUAUAUAUGAGAUAAACAAUCAUGUUAUUGUAAC